AUGAUUUUUAACCAGAAGCUGCAUACAAAACUUCAAUCAGAUGCAUCUAGCAUAGCUCUAGCCGCUAUUCUCAUGCAGAAGAAUGAAGAAGGAGAAAUGCACCCUGUAUAUUACAGGAGCAGAAGGACGAAUGACAUUGAAAGUUGUUAUUCAAGCUAUGACCUUGAGGCACUCGCAGUAAUAGAAGGUGUGAAAAAGUUUCACCACUACCUCUUUGGCAGCGAGUAUGACUAUGAUGUCGAACAUCGAGCGGGAUGCAGGAUGCCACACGCAGAUGCGCUCAGUAGAAUCCCAUAUGUAGCUGCAGUGGUAACAUUGCACGAGAAGAUCAGCCAGGCGCAAGAAAGAGAUGAAGACCUCAAGGCUAUAAAACAGCUGAUUUUGACAAAUGGCCAGUAUAAUGACCAUUAUAUGGAACAAGGAGUGCUUUACAAAGGUGAUCAGAGACAACUGGUGGUUCCCGAGCUAAUGAAAAAAGAAGUAAUCAAGGAAGUACAUAACAAUGGUCACUUUGCUAUGAAGAAAAUGAAAGAAGCAAUAAGCAAAGAUUAUUUUAUAAAGAAUAUGGACAGAAAAAUCGAAGGAGUGAUUACCAGUUUCAUACCGCGUGUGCUAGCAACCCGGAAAGAAGGCAAACAGGAGGGAUACUUAAACCCUAUUGGAAAAGAAGGGACUCCGCUGCAUACUUUGCAUCUGGACCACAUCGGACCGCUAACUGAGACACGAAAGAUGUACAAUCACAUACUUACAGUAGUCGACGGAUUUACUAAAUUUGUGUGGCUGUACCCCACAAAAUCAACGACUAGUGCAGAAGUAAUAAGUAAGCUACAGUUGCACCAAGAUACGUUUGCAAACCCUGUACGUAUCAUAACAGACAGAGGCACAGCUUUUACCAGUGGAGCAUUUAAGAAGUACUGCGAAGAGGAAGGUAUACAGCAUGUUACCAUUACAACCGGCAUACCAAGAGGAAACGGCCAAGUAGAGCGGGUUCAUCGGAUAAUGAUACCCAUGCUAACGAAGCUGUGCAUCGAAGACCAGUCACUAUGGUAUAAACAUGUUGGACGUGUGCAAAGAGCAAUCAACAGUACUUACCAGAGAAGUAUAGACACCACACCGUUCCAACUGCUCACUGGAACCAAGAUGAAUUGCAAGGAGGACGUAGAGAUAUUAAACUUGCUACUCCAGGAAACUAUAGAGCAAUACAGUGAAAGCCGAGAAAGUUUAAGGCAGAAGGCCAGAGACCAAAUUCAAAAGAUACAGGAAGAAAAUAGAAAUACCUACAAUAAGAAGAGGAAGCAGAGCUCUCAGUAUGAGGUGGGAGAUCUCGUCACAAUUAAAAGGACUCAGUUUGGGCCAGGGCUCAAGCUGAAAGCGAAAUUCUUCGGACCCUAUAAGGUAGUCAAGGUGAAACGCAACGACCGAUACGACGUUGUAAAGUUGUAUCAAGAUACAGAGGGGCCGAACAGUACAGCGACAUCUGCAGAUUUCAUGAAGAGAUGGCCUGAAGAAGAUGACUGCGAGUAA